GCUCCCUCUCUUUCCGCCUUCACUUCCUCCCGAGCCUCUCCUCUUCUCCUGCUCCUCACGGCGGCGGCGGCGGCGGCGAUGCAGAUGACUGCUGCUAAAACCGAUGUCCCGGCGGCAGCUGCUCCGCACCCACAUCCCCACGCCCAUGGCCCGCAAGUACCGCACGGUCACGGGCACCCGCAUCCUCACCACCACAUGCCGCAGCCGCGGUGGGUGGUACUUCCCUACCCGCCGCCGCCGCCUAUGGUGGCCGCGCCGCCCCCUCCUACGCCGCAGUAUGUGAAGCAUUUCGCGCCGCAGGCAUCGGUGACUCCGCCUCCGCCACCGGCUGGAUCCGGCGGGAACGGAGGUGACGAGAACCGGACGAUCUGGGUCGGCGACCUCCAGUACUGGAUGGACGAGAACUACCUCCACAGCUGCUUCGGCCCCAGCGGCGAGGUCGUGACGAUUAAAGUUAUCCGCAAUAGACAUUCUGGAGUUUCUGAGGGUUAUGGUUUUGUAGAGUUCUAUUCCCAUGCAUCAGCAGAGAAAGCACUUCAGAAUUUCGCUGGUCAUGUAAUGCCUAAUACUGACCGAGCUUUUAAGUUAAAUUGGGCAUCAUAUAGUGUUGGAGAAAAACGCUCUGAACUUGCUUCUGAUCACUCAAUUUUUGUUGGUGAUCUAGCUGUUGAUGUUACUGAUGACAUGUUGAUGGAACUUUUUGCUAACAAAUAUCGUUCUGUGAAAGGAGCUAAAGUUAUUAUUGAUGCAAACACGGGCCGUUCUAGGGGAUAUGGAUUUGUUAGGUUUGGAGAUGAUAUUGACAGAACUCAUGCUAUGACUGAAAUGAAUGGCAUGUAUUGCUCUACUCGACCAAUUCGCAUUGGACCUGCAACUCCUAGAAGAACUUCAGGUGAUUCUGGCACCUCUCCAACAACACAAUCAGAUGGUGACUCAACUAACAGGACAGUAUAUGUUGGCGGGCUUGACCCCAAUGUUAGUGAAGAUGAACUAAGAAAAACAUUUGCAAAAUAUGGUGAUGUUGCUUCUGUCAAAAUUCCUGUUGGGAAACAAUGCGGUUUUGUUCAGUUUAUCAACAGAGCUGAUGCGGAAGAAGCAUUACAAGGGUUGAGUGGAUCAACAAUUGGGAAGCAGGCUGUUCGUCUUUCUUGGGGCCGCAGUCCAGCAAGCAAACAGUCUAGGGGUGAUUCUGGCCAUCGACGGAAUGGCAUGUACUAUGGCAUGCCUUUCUACGGUGGAUAUGGCUAUGCGUCGCCAGUUCCACACCCAAACGUGUAUGCUGCGGCUUAUGGAGCCUACCCUUUCUACGGUAACCAGCAACUAGUGAGCUGAUGAUAGAGGUCGUCUCUGUUUCCUCCCAACACCAGUAGAAAACAAGGUUUUGGUCCAGUAAGAAUACUAUCAUGGGAUGACAUACUAUAGAUGGCCAUAAAAGCGGGCGAGAGAGACAGGUAUAUGUAUGUGAUGUCUGCAGAUUUGUGUUGCUAGUAGAACCUAAAGCAAGGCUUCUAGACAAUAAAGAGACGAGUUAUUCGUAUUGUUGUAAGAAAUUUUGACUUGCUAAUAAAACUAUUGGCUGAAAGUCUGUUUGCUUAA